ACACACACACACACACACACACACACACACACACACACACACACACACACACACACACACACACACACACGAUAUUGCACUCAGCACAUAGGGAUCACAUAGGUUACGCCACAUUCCAACAACUGGAACACAAUCAGAUGCAACAAUGAUUUCUGAAUAGAGGAACAACAAAGGCUUUAAAACAGUGGGGUUGGAAGAUGAGGUUUUGUGGGGGGUUUAUAGCACGUUUUAAGGUUUAUAAGUUUAGAUUUUUAAUUAACUAAGCAGUUUUAUUUCUCAACUGCCACUGACUUUCUUUCAAUUUCAAUGUUUGUUAGUACAUUUGCGGACAUUUUGGGGUAUUUGUACAUGAGUAUUUCAAUUUGUUUUGCUUCUUUAUACCUCUACUACACUUACUAUUACUAUUAUUCUUUUUAUUACUCCCUUACAUUCAUUUCACAGAUAUAGUUAAAACGCAUAUUAAACACAUACAUACAUUGUACAAUACAUUGUAUUACAUGAAGCUACCAAGAAUAGCUUCUUUAAGCUCCACCUCAACCAGCUAUGAAUAUCUAAACGCUGCUUUUAAUGUUUAUGUAUCAGAAAUAAUUAUAUGUAUUGAUAUGUAGUCAUUGAGCUAAAUGAGAACCACAUUUGUUACUUAAAGUGCAUUUUUCUGUUUACACAUUCCUACUUAUAAGUAACAUUUUGGACCUUCACUCGAAGUAUCAUUAUGUGUUGUGAGGGCUUUUACCUAACUAAGGAAUCUUAAUGCUUAUUUUUGACUCCUUUUUACCUUUGAACUUGUCAAGUCCUCUGCUCUCUCCGAGGCACGUCUUGGAGGAAAGUAACAGAGAAAGAAGGAGGGGGGGGGGGGGGAGACAGAGCAAUGGGGGCAGCGGAGAAAGAAUAGCAGAGUAUGAAAGAGAGAGGGAGCGACAGAGAGAAAGGGAGCGCAAAGUCUUGUCAACCGGAAAUAAAACAAGCUGGCACCCUCCCCAUCCCCAAGCCCCAACACCCACCCCAAAGUCACAUACUUCCUCUUCACUCUCUCUCUCUCUCUCCCUGCUUCCAUCUUCCUCCUCUCCCCCUCUGCUGCAAAGAGAUACAUUUAAACCCCAGUUCUGCUCGGCUCUCGCUCUUUGACUCGGCCAUACAUACCGUCAUACCUGCGUCAUUACUCACGCCUCACAUCAGACCUUGUGUGUCUAUCGCCGAGGGUUUCUGUGAGGUGCUCCUUUAACCCGCUCUGGGGCCAGACAAUGCCUUUGUUUAUUGUCCCGUAGCUUUGAGCUCACUGGCCUGUAGCAGCAGGACAAUGCCUCUGUAGUCAGGGAACAAUACCCAGGUGCUCACAUCUUUUAGCCCCUUUGUUAUAAACUAUACUGUGGGAACUUGAUCUGUAGCAUCUCUGCAGCACUGUAGGCCUAAACUACUUUCGCUAUAGGAUUAAGUAACUCAGUCCAUAUGAGCAUUAUAUCAAAUAAAUGAUUAAGAAGAUAAGCUCAGACACUAUCAAAUUAGUCUUGAUCGACUAGUUGAUCCACAGGACAUAACAUGCAAUUCUAUCAAUAAUCAAUUCAUCGCUUUAACAAUUUUUCAUACAAAGAUGAUCAAACAUUAGCAACCUUUCAAAUCUUAAACUGCGUUUUAAAAAAUCAUUAUAUUAAAUAAAGUUUCUUUAGGCUUUCUACUGAUCGCCAAUAAGGGCAAUUUGGUGAAGAUUGUGUAACAUGUUCAAUACUUUAUAGUUGAGUUUGUAACAUGAUCUUUUCCUUAAGAUAAAUGUCUCAAAUAGACUGGAACAUAAAUAAUAUAAAGCAUUAUGUAAUUAUAUAAUGUCUGGCCAUAUAUAUCUAAUUCAUAGAGAACCUAUAUUUUUUUAAGACAAAUGACUUACAAUGCAAACACUUCUUAAUUUGUGUUUGACAUAACAGAAGCCCAUCAAAAUUUAUUUUGAAAACAUCUCUCUAAAUAUAUGAAACUUUUUGUUACGUUAGCAGCCUAAACAGAUAUGAAAAUAAAACUGUGUGUUUGUAAGUCUUAUAUCGUCUCCUAAUGAUUAUAUUGAUACCUGUUGGGUUUAUUUUUGCCUUAAAUAUAUACAUAUCUGCUUCCGUGUGCCGUUGCCAACUCCAGUAUUUUACAAUCAAUACACUGCAAUAAAAUACAGUAGUAGAUGCAUGUGGACACAAUACAAUUAGUCCUCAAGUGUGAACAUUGAGCUUAUUGUUAUUAUGUUACUGGUCUGGUUGCACAUGUGUUUGUGUGAAAACCUGUGCACUUGACUGCCUAUUAUACUCUAUUUAUGUACAAUUUAUGGUUAAAAUUGAAUUCCAUCAUCUAUUUAUCACCCACUAUCUCUCCAUUAUCUGUGCUUUAUGCUCCACUCUCUCGGCCUCCCCUCCUCCUCUCGCUGGCAUUAAGUUCAAACUUGACACUGAUGUUGACUCACUUUGUCACCCCUCGGUGGCUCCCUCUCUCUCUCCCUCUUUCUCUCUCCCUUUCUCUCUCUCUCCAUCGCUUGGAGGACAAGAGUGCCCGCAGACGCAUUUCUCUCCAGAGCCCCCCCCCCCUCUCGCUCUUUCACUCUCUCUCACCCUGUCUAACUCUCUCCAUCUCUAUCCUACUCUCUCCUUUACACACACACACACAUAGAGUUAUUGUCAACAAAUCUGGAGAACAAGGGACGUAGGGGGUACAGGGGAAUACAGGUCCACAGAGGAGGAAAGUAACACUCAGGACCCGGCGCGUCAUUUCACCUGGACACUUGGCGGAAGAAUUGAAGUACCGAAGGAGGGAGAGAGGAGCCAAAGGUGACAGUAAACAGGGGCGGACACGCACAGGACAGGACUCCGUUAUUUUCUCUUCAUGGUGGUUUGGACACUCGUAGUAUGUAUGAGAAGUUAACUAUGCUGAACCUGCAGAGCGGCUCAAACUGGAGUGGGCCUAACAACUGGUACCAUGAGCCCACCGGCGUUCAGACGCAACACAGCACAGUGUCUGAGGGCUGUCUGCUGGACACAGAGGGCAGCCUGGGGCGGGAGGCGGGGGUAGGAGGGGGCACGGGCCGAGUGGGAGGAGUCCCCGUGGAGAGGGACGAGGGCGAGGAGUCUCAGCUGAGGCUGCAGCUCAAGAGGAAGCUGCAGAGGAACAGGACCAGCUUCACUCAGGAGCAGAUCGAGGCUCUGGAGAAAGAGUUUGAAAGGACACAUUACCCAGAUGUCUUUGCGAGGGAGAGAUUGGCAAACAAGAUUGAUUUACCCGAGGCUAGGAUACAGGUGUGGUUCUCAAACCGAAGAGCCAAGUGGAGGAGGGAGGAGAAGCUCCGCAAUCAAAGGAGGUCAGGGGGUGUGACUUCCUGUUCACAGAGCCAAGCCCCUCUGACCACUUCCUUCAACACGUCUGUCUAUCAUCAUCAGCAGCACGGCAGCAGCUCAGGGUCCAUGUUGAGUCAGGCUGAGUCGUCCCUGCCCAGCUACAGCUCUCUGUCAGUUUUCUCAUCUGGAGUCCAGUCUAUUCCUCCCCAGUCGGCCUCCUCUUACUCCUGCAUGUUGCCUCCGUCCCCCUCUACCCCGCGCAGCUUUGACUCCUCGGCGUAUUCCUCCCCUCAUCUGCAGACUCCGUCCUCAGCCAACUCCAACACCGGGCUCAUAUCGCCCGGCGUUUCAGUGCCGGUCCAGGUCCCAGGAGCCGACCAGCAGACCAUGAGUCACAACCUGGGUCAGUACUGGGCCAGGUUACAGUGAACUACAGACAAUCGCUGCCAGCCGGCAAACGAAAGAAGAACGAUCGAAAAAACGGGCAUGUAACAAAAAAAAGUGUCAAGAAAACAAUAUGGGGGACACACGGGUUAUAAGGACGCACAGGACUGAGAUAUAUGAUGAGUUGCAGAGCCCGAAAUGCAUUAUAUGUUUACAAAUUCAGUCAAGAGCCGCUUUGGUUGCACUUGACAGUAUUCUGGUCAUUCUGGUAUCUGCUUAGUAUUAUCAGGUUGUUUGGAUAGUAAAUUGAUGGUAGCGCUGUGAUCGGGAUUAGAAAUAGGAUCAGUUUGAGGUGUGUUUGGAUUAUAAUAGAGCCAGGAUUAGGAUGAGGUUUAUAAAAGGGUUGAGGUUACACUGUCUGUGGAGGUGCAACAGUGCUUUUUAUUACCUGAUAGUUGAGAAUAACAUAUUUUAGUGUGUAGAAUAUUCUGGCUUAAAUUGGAGUUUCAUGAUCUAAAAAAACAAGAAAAAAAGGCAUUACUGUAUUUUUCCCAAAGGAUAUAUGACUGAAAACUAGUCUGUCCUCUUAAUACUGUGAGUUGUGGUUGAAAGCUCUGAGAAUUGACUAUUUUGUUACUUAAGUUUAAACCACUUUUAUCCGUAGUCGGCGACCUAACAUUACCAGCUCUCAGCCCAUUAAAGGUGGGGUAGGUAAGUUUGAGAAACCGGCUCGAGAUACACUUUUUGUUAUAUUCCAUGGAAUGCUCUUA